GUGUGUGUCUCCUGAAUGGAGCUCGGAACUACUAGAUGAUUCGCUACUGUUUUGUGCGUGCGGGCGCACAGGCACUGGGCAGCUUUGUGAGGGUGAAUGAAGUUCAGAAGCUUAGGUAACCUUCUGGCACUUUGGAGUGGAUUCCAGUCGAGACAAAUGUGAGGCCUGGAGCAGGUAUAUGUGUAUAUGUGCUUGAGAGUGAAUCUAGAUGGAGGGAGAGGGUGAGAGGAGGGAGAGAGAGAGACACGAGACAGGGCAAAGCUGCUGGUUCCUGUGAACAGAAGGGAGUGUUUUAAUCAUCUUCUCAUCCUCUCUCCUUCAGACAGAAACUCACAUCUCCUCUUUUCAGGAUAAAUACUUUUGAGAUGUCUUUCAUAUUGGCAGCUCUUGACAAACUGACUUAUUUUUUGUCUCUGAUAGCCUUUUGUAUCAGUUUGUCUUAUAGCUGGCUGAAAUGAGAGUAAAUUCAUCUGAUCUGAUCUGGGUUUGGAAUUUUUUUUUGUUGACAUUUUUGGCUGAUUGCACGUGGAUUGUGACAGCUUUUUAGUUUGGGAUGCAUCAUUGAUAUGCCUCAGCUCCAGAACUGACCAUCCUGAGUAUGUUUUUUUUUUUUUUUUUUUUUGAAAUGAGGAUAACUGAUAUAAAGUUUCUCUCUCUAUAAAUAUAUUUAAGAACAACUGCAAGAAUAACAUUUUUUCAAAGAUGUGCCUGUAAGUAAAAGGAGUCUGUUUUAUCGGUGCAGGUGUUACUGGUGAAAAACUGACUCCUAUGAAAAUAAGAGGAUGCCACUACACAGUGUGCUGAGGAUAUGCCACAUUCUGCUUCUGGCACCCUGCAUUUUUUCUAGCGAAGACUUUGACUGGACCAAGAAUGAAAAGGGAUCAUUUCAGUAUGGCACAUUUCCUUCAGGAUUCUCUUGGGGCGCUGGCAGCUCAGCAUAUCAAACAGAAGGAGCAUGGGAUAAAGAUGGAAAAGGAAAGAGCAUCUGGGAUGUGUUCUCUCACAAGAGAGGGAAAAUUGACCGGAAUGACACUGGUGACUCAUCCUGUGAAGGCUAUUAUAAAAUCAAGGAUGAUAUCUCACUGAUGAGAGACAUGAAGCUGAACCACUAUCUCUUUUCCAUCUCCUGGCCAAGGAUUCUGCCCAGCGGCAUUAAGACUGACUACAUCAAUGAGAAAGGGAUAGAACACUACGAUAACCUGAUUAAUAUGCUUUUGGAGAAUAGAAUCACGCCGAUUGUGACGCUCUACCAUUGGGACUUACCUCAGGUUCUGGAGGAGAAAUACGGAGGUUGGCAAAAUGCAAGUAUGGUCAACUUCUUCAACGAUUUUGCCAACCUGUGCUUUGAGAGAUUUGGCAAUCGAGUCAAAUACUGGAUCACCUUCAACAAUCCUUGGUCUGUUGCAGUGGAGGGUUAUGAGACUGGAGAACAUGCUCCUGGUCUGAAGUUGAGGGGUACUGGUGCCUAUAAUGCUGCCCACAACAUCAUUAAGGCUCAUGCUAAGGUCUGGCACACAUAUGACGCCCAAUGGCGAAACAAGCAGAAAGGUAUGGUGGGCAUCUCCCUGUCAGCAGACUGGGGAGAACCAGUGGAUGUCACCAAUCAGCGAGAUAUAGAAGCCGCUGAAAGAUAUGUUCAGUUCUACCUGGGCUGGUUUGCAGCGCCAUUCUAUAAUGGAGACUAUCCUCAAAUAAUGAAAGAAUACAUAGGUAGGAAGAGUGCCCAGCAGGGCCUGAGUAGCUCUCGCCUGCCUACUUUCAGCCCUCAAGAGAAAAGUUACGUCAGAGGCACUUGUGACUUCCUGGGCAUCAGUCACUUCACCACACGCUACAUCACACAAAAGAACUUUCCCUCCAACCGAGGAAACAACUACUUCACUGACCGAGACCUGGCUGAGCUAGUGGACCCACAGUGGCCUGACCCUGGAUCAGAGUGGCUCUACUCUGUGCCAUGGGGCUUCCGCCGUCUGCUCAGCUAUGUAAAGACACAGUAUGGAGACCCCAUGAUAUACGUGACAGGAAAUGGAGUAUCAGAGAAGAUGUUGUGCACAGAACUGUGUGAUGACUGGAGAAUGCAGUACUUCAGGGAUUACAUAAAUGAAAUGUUUAAAGCGGUUAAAGAUGGAGUGAAUGUGAAAGGCUACACGGCUUGGUCACUGCUUGACAAGUUUGAGUGGGAUGAGGGCUACUCUGAAAGAUUUGGCCUGUACUAUGUGGAUUUUGGGAGCAAAAAUAAACCACGCUACCCAAAAGCAUCAGUUCAGUACUACAAACGCAUCAUCAGCUCGAAUGGUUUCCCCAAUCAGAGAGAGAUUGAAAGCUGGAAAAGAAAGGCACUGGAAACAUGCACCUCAAGUAACCAGCUCCUUGCGGCAGAUCCACUGAUCAGCCACAUGGAGAUGGUCACAGAGAUUGUCAUCCCCACUGUGUGCACUCUCUGCAUUCUCCUCAGUGCAGUUUUCCUCAUGUUUCUGCUGAGAACACGGAUAUUAAACUGACUGCUUCACAUUUACACAACUAUAUUUUUUCACAUUGCAUGUGUUCGUGCAGCAUUUCUUUUUUUAUUGAUUAUAAUUAAUAAUUAUGAUAUGCAGAGACUCGUUUACAUGUACCUUCAAAUAAAAUGGUCCACAAAUGUU